AUGGGGUUGAGCCCAGCCAGCCUCCUGGUGGUCUGGCUGGCUCUCACCUCGGUAGGGACGGCGGACCUUCAGAAAGGCAGGAGUCUCAACCAUGGCCAUGAUGUCUGCAGCACCUGGGGCAACAAUCAUUACAAGACGUUUGAUGGGGAUGUCUACCAGUUCCCUGGCCUCUGCGACUAUAACUUUGCUUCGGACUGCCGGGACAUGUACAAGGAGUUUGCUGUCCACAUCCAGCGUGGCCUGAGCCAGGCUGGCCAUCCCCAGAUCACCUACAUCCUGGUCGCAAUCAAGGAUGUCACUGUCUACCUCACCCACCAGCUUGUGGUGGUGAAUGGGGCCAUAGUCCGUGUCCCUUACUACAACUCUGGGCUCCUCAUUGAGAAGAAUGAUGUCUACACCAAGAUUUAUGCCCGAGGGGGCUUGGCUCUCAUGUGGAACCUCCAGGACUCCCUCAUGUUGGAGCUGGAUGGCAAGUUCCGCAACCACACCUGUGGCCUGUGUGGGGACUACAAUGGCAGGCAGACGUACUCUGAGUUCAGUGAUGAGGGAAUUACCUUCAGCCCCAUUGAAUUUGGGAACAUGCAGAAGAUUAACCAGCCCAAUGCUGUGUGUGAGGACCCAGAAGAGAAGGAAUACCCCCAAUCCUGCUCUGAACAUCGAGCCCAGUGUGAGGAUCUCCUGAUGUCAUCGGCCUUUGAGGACUGCCAGGCCAUCGUGCCAGUGGAACUGUAUAUCCAGGCCUGCAUGCAGGAUCUGUGUCAGUGUGAAGACUCCUCCUUCUGUCUGUGCAGUACAGUCUCAGAGUUUUCCCGCCAGUGCUCACAUGCUGGAGGCCGGCCCCACACUUGGAGGACUGAUUCAUUCUGCCCCAAGACCUGCCCUGGUAACAUGGUCUACCUGGAAAGUGGCUCACCCUGCAUGGACACCUGCUCCCACUUGGAGGUCAGCAACCUCUGCGAGGAACACUACAUGGAUGGCUGCUUCUGCCCUGAAGGCACCGUGUAUGAUGACAUCACCAGCAAAGGCUGUAUUCAGGUGAGCCAGUGCAGCUGUAAACUGCAUGGACACCUCUAUGCCCCUGGGAAGCAGAUCACCGGUGACUGUGAGGAGUGUGUCUGCAAUGCUGGCCGGUGGGUGUGCAAAGACCUGCCCUGUCCUGGCACAUGUGCCUUGGAAGGUGGAUCCCACAUAACCACUUUUGAUGGGAAGAAAUACACCUUUCAUGGAGACUGCUACUAUGUUCUGGCCAAGAGUGAGAACAACAACUCCUAUGCCCUCCUGGGAGAGCUAGCGCCUUGUGGUUCCACAGAGAAGCAGACCUGUUUGAAGACGGUUGUGUUGUUUACUGACAAGAAGAAGGAUAUUGUGGCAUUCAAGUCUGACGGCAGUGUGCUCUUGAACGAGUUGGAAGUCCACCUACCCCACGUCACUGCGAGCUUCUCCAUCUUCCAACCUUCCUCCUACCACCUGAUCGUGCACACAGCCUAUGGCCUCAAGCUGCAGAUCCAGCUGGUUCCAGUCAUGCAGCUGUUUAUGACCAUGGACCAGACUGUCCAGGGCAAAGUUCAAGGUCUUUGUGGGAAUUUCAAUGGUAUGGAAAGUGAUGACUUCAAGACGGCAGGAGGCCUCAUAGAGGCCACUGGCUCAGGCUUUGCUAACACGUGGAAGGCCCAAUCCAGCUGCCAUGACAAACUGGACUGGCUGGAUGACCCUUGCUCUCUCAGCAUUGAAAACGCCAAUUAUGCGGAGCACUGGUGCUCUCUGCUCAAGAAGACAGAGACUCCCUUUGCCAAGUGUCACUCAGUUGUGGAUCCUGUGGAAUAUUACAAGAGGUGCAAAUAUGACACCUGCAACUGUCAGAACAACGAGGACUGCAUGUGUGCUGCUCUUUCUUCCUACGUCAGAGCCUGCUCUGUCAAAGGGGUCAUGCUGUGGGGCUGGCGGGAGCAAGUCUGCAACAAGGAUGUUGAAUCUUGUCCGAACUCCCAAAUUUUCCUGUACAACCUGACCACAUGCCAGCAGACCUGCCGCUCACUCUCAGAGGCUGACAAGCAUUGUCUCCGGGGCUUUGCCCCUGUGGAUGGCUGCGGCUGUCCUGACCACACCUACAUGGAUGAGAAAGGGCGCUGUGUGCCCCUCUCGAAAUGUUCCUGCUACCACCGAGGCUUGUACCUGGAAGCCGGGGAAGUGGUCCUGAAGCAGGACGAGCGCUGUGUCUGUCGGAAUGGAAGGCUGCACUGCAUCCAAGUGAAGCUGAUUGGUCAGAGUUGUGUUGCCCCCAAGAUCCAUGUGGAUUGUGACAAUGUCACAGCCUUGGCCAUCCAGAGGCCCCACCCCAUCAGUUGCCAGAGCCUGGGGAGUGGCUACUAUCAAACUGAAUGUGUCGGUGGCUGCAUGUGCCCCUCUGGGCUGAUCGACGAUGGCCAGGGUGGCUGUGUUGUGGAGGAAGAGUGCCCUUGUGUCCACAACAAGGAGCUCUAUUCACCAGGACAGGAGAUAACUGUGGACUGCAAUACUUGCACGUGCCAGGGAGGAAGUUGGGUGUGCACCAAAUCUGUGUGCCACGGCACGUGUGCUAUCUACGGGAGUGGUCAUUAUAUCACCUUCGAUGGGAAGUACUAUGACUUCGAUGGACAUUGCUCCUAUGUGGCAGCCCAGGACUACUGCGGCCAGGAAAACUCCCAGGGCUCUUUCAGCAUCAUUACAGAAAAUGUACCCUGUGGAACUACGGGUGUGACCUGCUCCAAAGCCAUUAAGAUCUUCCUGGGAAGAACGGAGCUGAAGCUGGAGGAGAAGCACAGCUGGGUGAUUCACCGGGACGUCGGGGAGCACGUGUCUUACACCACCCGGGAGGUGGGCCAGUACUUGGUUAUUGAGGCCAGCAAUGGCAUCAUCGUCAUCUGGGACAAGAGGACCACCAUCUUCAUCAAGCUCGCCCCGACCUUCAAGGGGACCGUGUGUGGCCUGUGUGGCAACUUCGAUGACCGCUCCAGCAACGACUUCACCACGAGGGAUCAUAUGAUCGUCACCAGUGCCCUGGACUUUGGGAACAGCUGGAAGGAGGCCCACACUUGCCCAGAUGUGGACAAGACCUUUGAACCAUGCACUGUGAACCCUCAUCGCCAGUCCUGGGCAGAGAAACAGUGCAGUAUCCUAAAGAGCCAAGUGUUCAGUGUCUGUCACAGCAAGGUGGACCCCACUCCUUUCUAUGAUGCCUGUGUCCAUGACUCCUGCUCCUGUGACACAGGGGGUGACUGUGAAUGCUUCUGCUCGGCUGUGGCCUCCUACGCCCAAGAGUGCACUAAGGAGGGGGCUUGUGUCUUUUGGAGGAGCCCUGAUUUGUGCCCAAUCUUCUGUGACUACUACAACCCCCCCAAUGAGUGUGAAUGGCACUAUGAACCCUGUGGGAACCGCAGCUUUGAGACCUGCCGCACCAUCAACAACAUUCACUCCAACAUCUCUGUGUCCUACCUGGAAGGCUGCUAUCCCCGGUGCCCGCCAGAGAGGCCCAUCUUUGAUGAAGACAAGAAGAAGUGUGUGCCGGCUGACGAGUGCGGCUGCUAUGUGGGUGACGACCGAUAUGAAGUCGGUGAAGAGAUCCCCAACUAUAACAACAGUGUCUGCCAGUCUUGUGUUUGCACGUCAUCUUCUGAGGUCUCUUGUGAGGAGGAGGAGAUAGGGACGAUAAUUAACCAGACUCAGAAUGGCUCCUUCUGCUUUUGGGAGUUGUGUGGUCCCAAUGGUACUGUGAUCCCUCAUUUCAACAUCUGUGUGACGACCAUACCUCCUCCCGUCUCGACAGUGUCAACCACCUCAGUGACCACCAGCUCUACCCCACCUACUCUCCCUACCACCACCACCACCAGCACAGUUUCAGCUCCCACUGACAAAGUCCCUUGCUGUUUUUGGUCGGAUUGGAUUAAUGAGGAUCAUCCCACUACUGGCAGUAAUGGUGGUGACUGGGAAAGAUUUGAUGGGGUGUGUAGUGCACCUGAAAACAUUGAGUGCAGAUCAGCUGAGGAACCCCAUCUCAGCUGGGACCAGCUUGGCCAGAAGGUGCAGUGUAACACCUCUUUUGGACUCAUUUGCAAAAAUGAAGACCAGUUUGGCAAUGGGCCAUUUGGCCUCUGUUAUGACUAUGAAAUCCGGGUCAACUGUUGCCUGCCCAUGGACCACUGCCCACAAACACCACCAAGCACCACGACAACCUUGGGCCCAACAAGCACUCCUACAACUGAGGCAACGCCUGGUACACCGACUCCUGCAGCCCCAAGCACUGUCCCAGUUAUUUUACCAACCUCCAGCACCACCAGGACCCCCACCACUCCAACCACCACCGUGACUCCUACCACAACCACCGAGACCCCUACUACCACCACCAGCACCACCACUGAGACCCCUGCCCCUCCAACCACCACCGUGACUCCUACCACAACCACCGAGACCCCUACUACCACCACCAGCACCACCACUGAGACCCCCGCCCCUCCAACCACCACUGUGACUCCUACCACAACCACCACCAGCACCACCACUGAGACCCCUGCCCCUCCAACCACCACCCCCACCACCAUCCAGACACCAACCCCUACAGAAUGUCAACAUGAGACUUCCAUCUGUAACACAACAACCACAACUAGCACAACAACUACCACCAAGACCCCAACUCCAACACCCAGACCCACCACCAUCAUCAUCACAGAGACUCGAACACCAACAACAAGACCUCCAGCCACAACGACUACCCUCCCAGGGACUCCAACUCCAACACCAUACACAACUACCCGAGAGACUGGAACUCCACCACCACACACAACCACUCUAGGCACUCCAACACCUCCACUGACUACCACCUCCCCCCCAGUGACUCCCACACCCUCCACCAUCACCACUACUACCACCACCACAGAGACUACAAGACCAGGGACCACAACCACAGAAACUCCAACAUCUAUACCCACUACCAGGACCACUGAGACCCCAACACCCACAUCUAUCACCACUCCCACCCCAGAGACACCAACACGAUACACAACCACCCCAGAGACUCCACCAACCUACUCUUCCUCCACCACAACCACUACAACUGAGACCCCAACACCUACACCUACCAUAACCACUUCUCCAGGGACUCCAACUCCAACACCAUAUACAACUACCCCAGAGACUGGAACUCUACCACCACAAACAACCAGCCCAGUCACUCCAACAUCCCCCACAACUACCACCACCACAGAGACUCCAAGUCCAACACCUCCACCCACUUCCACCUCCCCCCCAGGGACUCCCCCACCCUCCACCAUCACCACUACCACAACCACCACAGAGACUACAACACCAGCGACCACAGCCACAGAAACUCCAACAGCUACACCCACCACCACCACCACCACCGAGACCCCAACACCCACAUCUACCACCACCACAGAGACUCCAAGUCCAACACCUCCACCCACUUCCACCUCCCCCCCAGGGACUCCCCCACCCUCCACCAUCACCACUACUACCACCACCACAGAGACUACAACACCAGGGACCACAGCCACAGAAACUCCAACAGCUACACCCACCACCACCACCACAGAGACCCCAACACCCACAUCUACCACCACUUCCACCCCAGAGACACCAACACCAUACACAACCACCCCAGAGACUCUACCACCCUAUUCCUCCUCCUCCGCCACCACUACAACUGAGAGGUCAUCACCUACACCCACCACAACCACUUCUCCAGGGACUCCAACUCCAACACCAUAUACAACUACCCCAGAGACUGGAACUCUACCACCACACACAACCAGCCCAGUCACUCCAACAUCCCCCACAACUACCACCACCACAGAGACUCCAAGUCCAACACCUCCACUCACUACCACCUCCCCGCCAGUGACUCCAACACCUUCCACCAUCACCACUACCACAACCACCACAGAGACUACAAGACCAGGGACCACAGCCACAGAAACUCCAACAGCUACACCCACCACCACCACCACAGAGACCCCAACACCCACAACUACCACCACCACAGAGACUCCAAGUCCAACACCUCCACCCACUUCCACCUCCCCCCCAGGGACUCCCCCACCCUCCACCAUCACCACUACCACCACCACCACCACCACAGAGACCCCAACACCCACAACUACCACCACCACAGAGACUCCAAGUCCAACACCUCCACCCACUUCCACCUCCCCCCCAGGGACUCCCCCACCCUCCACCAUCACCACUACUACAACCACCACAGAGACUACAACACCAGCGACCACAGCCACAGAAACUCCAACAGCUACACCCACCACCACCACCACAGAGACCCCAACACCCACAACUACCACCACCACAGAGACUCCAAGUCCAGCACCUCCACCCACUUCCACCUCCCCCCCAGGGACUCCCCCACCCUCCACCAUCACCACUACUACCACCACCACAGAGACAACAACACCCACAACUACCACCACCACAGAGACUCCAAGUCCAACACCUCCACCCACUUCCACAUCCCCCCCAGGGACUCCCCCACCCUCCACCAUCACCACUACUACCACCACCACAGAGACUACCACACCAGGGACCACAGCCACAGAAACUCCAACAGCUACACCCACCACCACCACCACAGAGACCCCAACACCCACAACUACCACCACCACAGAGACUCCAAGUCCAGCACCUCCACCCACUUCCACCUCCCCCCCAGGGACUCCCCCACCCUCCACCAUCACCACUACUACCACCACCACAGAGACAACAACACCCACAACUACCACCACUACAGAGACUCCAAGUCCAACACCUCCACCCACUUCCACCUCCCCCCCAGGGACUCCCCCACCCUCAACCAUCACCACUACUACCACCACCACAGAGACUACAACUCCAGGGACCACAGCCACAGAAACUCCAACAGCUACACCCACCACCACCACCACAGAGACCCCAACACCCACAACUACCACCACCACAGAGACUCCAAGUCCAACACCUCCACCCACUUCCACCUCCCCCCCAGGGACUCCCCCACCCUCCACCAUCACCACUACCACCACCACCACCACCACAGAGACCCCAACACCCACAACUACCACCACCACAGAGACUCCAAGUCCAGCACCUCCACCCACUUCCACCUCCCCCCCAGGGACUCCCCCACCCUCCACCAUCACCACUACCACCACCAUCACAGGGACCCCAACACCCACAACUACCACCACCACAGAGACUCCAAGUCCAACACCUCCACCCACUUCCACCUCCCCCCCAGGGACUCCCCCACCCUCCACCAUCACCACUACCACCACCACCACCACCACAGAGACCCCAACACCCACAACUACCACCACCACAGAGACUCCAAGUCCAGCACCUCCACCCACUUCCACCUCCCCCCCAGGGACUCCCCCACCCUCCACCAUCACCACUACCACCACCAUCACAGGGACCCCAACACCCACAACUACCACCACCACAGAGACUCCAAGUCCAACACCUCCACCCACUUCCACCUCCCCCCCAGGGACUCCCCCACCCUCCACCAUCACCACUACUACCACCACCACAGAGACUACCACACCAGGGACCACAGCCACAGAAACUCCAACAGCUACACCCACCACCACUACCACAGAGACCCCAACACCCACAACUACCACCACCACAGAGACUCCAAGUCCAACACCUCCACCCACUUCCACCUCCCCCCCAGGGACUCCCCCACCCUCCACCAUCACCACUACUACCACCACCACAGAGACAACAACACCCACAACUAUCACCACCACAGAGACUCCAAGUCCAACACCUCCACCCACUUCCACAUCCCCCCCAGGGACUCCCCCACCCUCAACCAUCACCACUACUACCACCACCACAGAGACUACAACUCCAGGGACCACAGCCACAGAAACUCCAACAGCUACACCCACCACCACCACCACAGAGACCCCAACACCCACAACUACCACCACCACAGAGACUCCAAGUCCAACACCUCCACCCACUUCCACCUCCCCCCCAGGGACUCCCCCACCCUCCACCAUCACCACUACCACCACCACCACCACCACAGAGACCCCAACACCCACAACUACCACCACCACAGAGACUCCAAGUCCAACACCUCCACCCACUUCCACCUCCCCCCCAGGGACUCCCCCACCCUCCACCAUCACCACUACUACAACCACCACAGAGACUACAACACCAGCGACCACAGCCACAGAAACUCCAACAGCUACACCCACCACCACCACCACAGAGACCCCAACACCCACAACUACCACCACCACAGAGACUCCAAGUCCAACACCUCCACCCACUUCCACCUCCCCCCCAGGGACUCCCCCACCCUCCACCAUCACCACUACUACCACCACCACAGAGACAACAACACCCACAACUACCACCACCACAGAGACUCCAAGUCCAACACCUCCACCCACUUCCACCUCCCCCCCAGGGACUCCCCCACCCUCCACCAUCACCACUACCACCACCACCACCACCACAGAGACCCCAACACCCACAACUACCACCACCACAGAGACUCCAAGUCCAACACCUCCACCCACUUCCACCUCCCCCCCAGGGACUCCCCCAUCCUCCGCCAUCACCACUACUACAACCACCACAGAGACUACAACACCAGCGACCACAGCCACAGAAACUCCAACAGCUACACCCACCACCACCACCACAGAGACCCCAACACCCACAACUACCACCACCACAGAGACUCCAAGUCCAACACCUCCACCCACUUCCACCUCCCCCCCAGGGACUCCCCCACCCUCCACCAUCACCACUACUACCACCACCACAGAGACAACAACACCCACAACUACCACCACCACAGAGACUCCAAGUCCAACACCUCCACCCACUUCCACCUCCCCCCCAGGGACUCCCCCACCCUCCACCAUCACCACUACUACCACCACCACAGAGACUACCACACCAGGGACCACAGCCACAGAAACUCCAACAGCUACACCCACCACCACCACCACAGAGACCCCAACACCCACAACUACCACCACCACAGAGACUCCAAGUCCAGCACCUCCACCCACUUCCACCUCCCCCCCAGGGACUCCCCCACCCUCCACCAUCACCACUACUACCACCACCACAGAGACUACAACACCAGGGACCACAGCCACAGAAACUCCAACAGCUACACCCACCACCACCACCACAGAGACCCCAACACCCACAACUACCACCACCACAGAGACUCCAAGUCCAGCACCUCCACCCACUUCCACCUCCCCCCCAGGGACUCCCCCACCCUCCACCAUCACCACUACUACCACCACCACAGAGACCCCAACACCCACAACUACCACCACCACAGAGACUCCAAGUCCAGCACCUCCACCCACUUCCACCUCCCCCCCAGGGACUCCCCCACCCUCCACCAUCACCACUACCACCACCACCACAGAGACUACAACACCCACAACUACCACCACCACAGAGACUCCAAGUCCAACACCUCCACCCACUUCCACCUCCCCCCCAGGGACUCCCCCACCCUCCACCAUCACCACUACUACAACCACCACAGAGACUACCACACCAGGGACCACAGCCACAGAAACUCCAACAGCUACACCCACCACCACCACCACAGAGACCCCAACACCCACAUCUACCACCACUCCUACCCCAGAGACACCAACACCAUACACAACCACCCCAGAGACUCUACCACCCUAUUCCUCCUCCUCCUCCACCACUACUACAACUGAGAGGCCAUCACCUACACCCACCACAACCACUUCUCCAGGGACUCCAACUCCAACACCUCCACUCACUACCACCACCCCAACACCUACAUCUACCACCACUCCCACGCCAGAGACACCAACACCAUUCACAUCUACCCCAGAGACUCAGACACCUACUAGCCCUACCACAGAGAUACCCACUAAAACCCCAACCACCAUAACCACAAAGAAUCCAACUCCAACUCUUUCUACAACCACAAAAGGGAUACCAACUACAGUCAUUACUUUAGAGACUCCAACUGCAACUGUGAGCACCCCUGAGACACCACCAACAGCUACAACAGAGACUUCAACUCCACCAGGAACAAUUACAGGCACAGGCCCCACCCCUCCAACCCUGCCAGCAGAGACCACAACAUCUUCCACUUCCCCUGAGACCACGACACCUAUCCGGCCUUCCUUCAGCACUCCCAGUGUGAGCAAUCCAACCACAGUACGAACAACCCCCGCCCCUGGGAUCACCAUGGAAACCACUUCCAGCCCACUCCCACCUCCCACCACCAUCAUCACCACCAGCACCCUUACAUCGGACUCCCAGCGUUACUGCUGUAACGUGACUGACGUGUAUUAUGCACCAGGUGAGGUGGUGUACAAUGGGACACACGGAGGCUACUGUUACUAUGUCAACUGCUCCCUGGACUGCAAACUUGAGUUCUUCAACUGGUCCUGCCCUUCAACACCCCAGCCCACACCGACCCCCACAACAACGCCCACACCGACCCCCACGACGACCCCCACACUGACCCCCACGACGACCCCCACGAUGACCACACCCUCUCCGGGCUGCCCUGACUUAGUGCCACCACGGCAGGAGAACGAGACUUGGUGGUUGUGUGACUGCAUCAUGGCCGUGUGCAAGUACAAUAACACAGUAGAGAUUUUCGAGAAGGUGUGUGACCCGCCACCCAAGCCUGUGUGUAGCAAUGGUCUCUCCCCUGUGUGGGUCCUGGACCCUGAUGGCUGCUGUGGCCACUGGGAGUGUGACUGUUACUGCACGGGCUGGGGAGACCCCCAUUACACCACCUUUGAUGGGCUCUACUACAGUUACCAAGGAAACUGUACCUAUAUCCUUGUGGAAGAGAUCUCUCCCACCGUGGACAACUUUGGUGUUUACAUCGACAACUACCACUGUGACGUCAAUGACAAGGUGUCCUGCCCACGUACCCUCAUUGUGAAGCACGAGACCCAGGAAACUCUCAUCAAGACCAUCCAGAUGGCACCCAUGAAGGUCCAGGUGUUGGUGAACAAGCAGGAGGUGGCACUGCCCUAUAAGAAGUACGGCCUCCAAGUCUAUGAGACUGGCAUCAACUAUGUGGUGGAAAUCCCCGAGCUCGGAGUUCUGGUGUCUUACAACGGCCUCUCCUUCGCCAUCAAGAUGCCUUACAACAAAUUCGGCAACAACACCAAAGGCCAGUGUGGCACCUGCACCAACAAUACAGCCGAUGACUGCAUGCUGCCCAGUGGAGAGGUCAUCUCUGACUGUGAAGUCAUGGCCGACGAGUGGGUGGUGAAUGACCCCUCGAAGCCUCACUGCCCUCAGAACAGCUUCACGACCAAAUCCCCCUCUGUUACCAAGCCUGGAGUGCCACAACCCCCCGCGGGCUGUGUCCCAUCACCGCUCUGUGAGCUCAUCAAGGGCAGCCUCUUUGCCAAGUGCCACAAAUAUGUCCCGCCCCAGCACUACUAUGACGCCUGUGUCUUUGAUAACUGCUUUGUGCCCGACUCUGGCAUGGAGUGUGCCAGCCUGCAGACCUAUGCAGCCCUCUGUGCACACGAGGGCAUCUGCAUUAGCUGGCGAGAACACACCCACGGUGCCUGUGAGCUGACGUGCCCACCUCACAAGGAGUACAAGGCCUGCGGUCCCGCUGAAGAGCCAACCUGCAAAUCCAGCCCAGAGGUGCCCAAGGACAACAGGACAGUGGAAGGUUGCUUCUGCCCCAGUGGCACCAUCGGCUUUGCCCCCGGCGUCGAUGUCUGUGUGCAGACCUGUGGCUGUGUGGGACCGGACAAUGUGCCCAGAGAGUUUGGGGAACGCUUUGAGUUUGACUGCAAGAACUGUAUCUGCCUGGAGGGAGGCAAUGGCAUUGUGUGUGAGGACAAGCAGUGUAAGCAGAUGAAGAUUGAGUCAUGCCCAGAGGAGGGCACGUACCCUGUCAUUGAGGUGGAUGCCCUCGACACUUGCUGCAACGUGACCUACUGCAAAUGCAACACAAGCCUGUGCGAAACCAAGCCACCUGUGUGCUCUGUGGGAUUUGAGCUCAAGACGAAGCUUGUGCCUGGCAAGUGCUGCCCUGUCCACACCUGCGAGCCCAAGGGUGUUUGUGUCCUGGGUCAGGCUGAAUACAAGCCUGGAUCUCCAGUGUACUCUGACAAAUGCCAAGAAUGUUUUUGUACUGAGAAGGUCAAUGUUUCCACUGAGCUAAACAUCAUUUCCUGCAACCACGUGCCUUGCAAUGUCUCCUGCAAACCUGGGUUUGAACCUGUGAAAGUGCCAGACCAAUGCUGUCCCAAGUGCCAGCAGACCCACUGUGUGAUGCAACAGACUGGCAGCCUCAUGCUUCUCCAGCCUGGUGAGAUGAAGAACGACCCUCAGGACAACUGCACCGUCUACAGCUGUAUGAAGUUUCAAGACCAGCUCAUCUCAUCCGUCUCAGAAAUCACUUGUCCUGACCUGGACUUGGCCUCUUGCCAGCCUGGCACAGUAAAGCUCAUGAAUAAUGGUUGUUGUAAGACAUGCACGUUCCGAAAUGAGACCAGGAGACCUUGUUCAACUGUGCCAAGCAAGGAGGUGAUUUCUGUGGGUAACUGCAAGAAGGAAUUGCUGAUCAAUCACUGCUCGGGAGCCUGUGGGACGUUUGCCAAGUACUCAGAGGAGGCCCAGAGCAUAGACCAUGGAUGCUCUUGCUGCAAGGAGGUGAAGACCAGCAGCAAGGUGGUGGAUCUGGAGUGUGAGGGAGGAGGAACGCUUGCCCACGAGUACAUCUACAUCGAGAGCUGUGGGUGCCAGGACACCGUCUGCCAACUCCCUCUGGCGGAAGCCACAAAGGGCUCCCAGAGUCGCUCCCGCCGGGCCCUGCUGAGGUCCAGAGGCUGAGUGCCUGUCUACACCCACGGUCUCCUGCUUGAGCCGCCUGUCUGCUUUCAUCGCAGAGUC